AUGCUUAAAGAAACUCUGGAUGUUGCUGCCCUCGGUGCUAUUAGUAACAUAGUGGUCGAUUUCACAGUACAUAAGUCGAUGUUUAUAAAAUGUGGAGGUGUAGAACACCUUGUCCAGCGGUCAAAUUCUAUGGAUUCAACUAUUAAGGUACACGCUGUUUGGGCUUUGAGGAACUUGAUUUUCCUUGUGGACAAUAGAUGUAAAGAAAGGAUAUUGUCGGAGCUUACAGCAUCCACAUUAGCAAGCCUUAUCUGCGAUCCUGAGGCUUUUGUCCAAGAACAAGCUCUUGCUUUUGUCCGCAAUCUUGUUGAUGGGCCCUUAGACUCUGUUGAGUAUGUUCUUGCUGAGGAUGGCCUUUUACUCCAUGCUAUUGGAAGACAACUCCAGAGUGCUUCAAAAGCUGAAGUUUUGAUUCAGGGAAUGUAUAUCCUUAGCAAUGUAGCAUCUGGGAAUGAGUCUCACAAGGAAGCGGUUAUGCACCAACUCUUUCCACAAGCAGGCAACAACAGUAAUUCAGUUAUGGUCAAGUUUUUGCGGAGUAAUGACAGCCGAUUACGUACAGCGGCUAGCUGGGCUUUGGUAAAUCUUUCCUUUCCCAGCUGUCCUGGUGCCUCCGGUCGGGUUAUAAAACUACGGAAUGCCGGUGUAGUUUCUCAAUUAAAGAAUAUGAUGAAUGACCCCUGCCUAGAUGUAAAGUGGUGGAAUAUAGCAGCCAUCAAAAGAGAUUUUGACGCAGGAUGAUGCACGGGCUUCACCAUGUUUGUAUAAGAUUUAAUUUUCCCCUCCAUUGGCAGCUUAGAAAAAUACGGUAUGCCUCCUUCCAAGGUUUAUAUUUUAUGGUCAUACCAGAUGAGGCAUUGACUUCUGCAUUGUUACAACCGUCCAAAUGAGUUUUUUCUUGGGGUACUGCUUCAAUAGAAACAAGAACUAUCUUUACAUCAUCCGGAUGCAAUUUUGUGUUACAAUUUCAUGAUAUCGAAAUGUAUAAAACCUUGCUUCAUAUAAUAUUUCAGUUUUAAAGGCUACUGUACGCCCACGCCCAAAAAGGGAUUUUUGUUUAACAUUGGCUAUCAAGUAUAUUUUUGUUUUUGAG